AUGGCCAGCACGAGAUUGGUCUUGAGCACACUCAACCGACGACUACCAGCAGGCACACUACCAUCAGGACACCGGUGCAGCUACUCUCCCCUGCCGGUGCGACCGACUCCGAAAGCCCGAAAGUCGUCGAAUCAAGGCAAGCAGAAACCCAAUCCACCAGCCCUGAUCGACCAGAACGCUCCGUCGCCGUGGAACUUGGGCUCGUUAUGGAACCCAGGCGCCAGAUCGCUUCCCAACAACCCCAGCUUUCCAUGGACAGAUUACGAGAGCGGGCUAUCUCCGAAACUUGCCCCGCCUAGAGCGACGAACGUCCCGAGCGGAGGAGCAGGAGCCAGCCGAUCGGCGCCAGCAUCAUCGGUCGUCGUCCGAGUACCUGACCAUCCGCACGGCCCGCACGCUCUCCAUCCCGCUCAUCCCGCCGCCCCCUUACUCUCCCAAUCCGCCCUGGUCAUCGUCCGACAGCUGGAGAUGCUCAACCUGUUCGUCGGCUUCGAGCAGGCUAACCGCUAUCGCAUCCUCAGUCCGACCGGGCAGACCUUGGGCUUCCUCGCCGAAGAAGAACGAGGGCUCAGCGGGACCCUGUUCCGGCAACUUGCGGGCACCCAUCGCGCUUUCCAGGCCAGCAUCUUCGACCCCCUCGGCAUCGAGCUCCUCCGCAUCCGCCGCCCCUUCAGUCUCAUCAACUCGCGCAUCUUUGUCGAGCAUAGUCCCACGGGAGAUCCUCAGCAGCGCGCGAUCGUCGGCGAGAGUCAACAGGAGUUCCACCUCUGGCGACGCCGGUACAAUCUCUUCACCCGUCUCGCUCCUCGCUCAGCAGCUGCCCCGGAGGAAGAAGACCAGCAAGAACAGCACUACGACCAAUUCGCCCGCAUCGACGCCGGCUUCCUCUCCUGGGACUUCUUCACCCUCGACGCCAACGGCCGGCCGACCGGCAGCGUUUCCAAAAACUUCACCGGCUUCGGCCGCGAGAUCUUCACCGACACCGGGCAGUACGUCGUCCGCUUCGAUGCCGUCGACGCCCCUCAUCUCAUCCAACAGUCACCCUCUCCAGCAACUUCCUCCGUCCCUCAUUCCGGCCAGUCUGCCGGCUUAACUCUCGACCAACGCGCCGUCAUCUUGGCCACUGCUGUAUCAAUUGAUUUUGAUUAUUUUUCUCGCUCCCAUAGAGGUGGAUUAAUGCCUCCAAUCUUCUUUGGCGGGGGCUCGUCCUCCGAUGGAGAUUUUUAA